CCGCAGCGCGCUCCGCCCCGGAAACACGCCCAUGGCCGCUUUGGCGCGCUUUCGAAACGCUCAGGUUUCCUAGCUUCCCGCUGCUUGGGAACUUCUUUCUUGCCCGCCAAGCCCGCAGCCACCCGGGCGCGGCGGGACUCCUAGACCCGGCGCUGCGAUGAAGAGGACCCGCGACGAGGUGGAUGCGACGCUGCAGAUCGCCAAGCUGAAUGCGGCCGAGCUGCUGCCGGCGGUGCACUGCCUGGGCUUCGGCCCUGGGGCCAGCGGCGCUGCCGCCGGCGACUUUUGCCUGCUGGAGCUGGAGCCCACGCUGUGCCAGCAGCUGGAGGAUGGACACAGCCUUGUGAUUCGUGGUGAUAAAGACGAGCAAGCCGUGCUGUGCAGUAAAGACAAAACAUACGACUUGAAGAUAGCAGACACUUCCAAUAUGUUGCUUUUCAUUCCUGGUUGUAAAACUCCGGACCAGUUGAAGAAGGAAGAUUCACACUGUAACAUUAUUCACACUGAGAUCUUUGGUUUUUCUAAUAAUUAUUGGGAAUUAAGAAGACGUAGACCCAAGUUAAAGAAGCUAAAGAAACUUUUGAUGGAAAAUCCAUAUGAAGGACCUGACAGUCAAAAAGAGAAGGAUUCAAAUAGCUCAAAAUAUACAACUGAAGAUUUGCUUGAUCAAAUUCAGGCAAGUGAGGAAGAAAUAAUGACCCAAUUACAAGUUCUAAAUGCCUGUAAGAUUGGAGGUUAUUGGAGGAUUCUUGAAUUUGAUUAUGAGAUGAAACUUCUGAAUCAUGUAACUCAGCUUGUGGAUUCUGAAUCAUGGUCUUUUAGUAAAGUUCCUUUGAACACAUGCCUUCAGGAACUUGGACCAUUGGAGCCAGAGGAAAUGAUAGAACACUGUCUUAAAUGUUAUGGGAAGAAAUAUGUAGAUGAAGGCGAAGUUUAUUUUGAGUUGGAUGCUGAUAAAAUAUGUAGAGCAGCAGCACAAAUGCUACUUCAGAAUGCGGUGAAAUUCAAUCUCGCUGAGUUUCAAGAAGUGUGGCAGCAGAGUGUUCCUGAAGGAAUGGUAACUAGUCUUGAUCAGCUUAAGGGUUUAGCGCUGGUGGAUAGACACUCGAGACCAGAAAUCAUAUUUUUGCUGAAAGUAGAUGAUUUACCUGAGGAUAAUCAGGAACGUUUUAAUAGCCUUUUCUCUCUAAGGGAGAAGUGGACAGAAGAAGAUAUUGCUCCAUAUAUUCAAGAUUUGUGUGGAGAGAAGCAAACCAUAGGUGCAUUACUCACUAAAUAUUCUCGUUCUUCGAUGCAAAAUGGUGUUAAAGUUUAUAAUUCAAGAAGACCCAUUUCUUAAAAGAACAACAGUCUUUUCUUCAGGACUCAAGUUGCUCAAUAAAGUUGCUGGAUACAAGAAAAAUAACUUGUACUUUUAUUUCUGACUUUUAGAAACCUAGUCUUCUAAGGCAUUCUUCUCCUCAUCUUAAGCAUUUUGAAACUACUGUUAUUUCUUAAAUGUUAUAGGAGGUAGCUUUAAAAUUAUAUUUGUACUAUGUACACAGUGUAAACAAGGACAAAAGAAUUCUUUCCUAUAUUA